AUGUUUUCCAACAAGAAUAAAAGCAAAAGACCAAAGUUCUUGCUACAUCUGCGUAUUAAUGAAUUAAUCAAUAUUCCUCAAUCUACAGGGUUUUGCUAUAUCAAAUGGCAUUUGAAAGAUGGUACAGGGACUUCAUCUCAUUCAUUAACCACUACAAACGAUUCAACCAAUGUUUCGAAAAGUAAUCAUGGUACUACUCCAAGAGCUACAGUACUACAUCAUAAGGCCAAAUGGAAUUAUGAAUUGGAGAAACCUGUUCAAGUGAAAUUACAAGUAGAUAAAAAUAAUAAUCUGGCUAGCAAGACAUUACGAUUGGAGAUUUUUAUGGAGUUUCUCAAUGAAAAUGAUAAUAGUUCUAUGUAUGUCAAGAUGAAAAAUUCUCAUUUACAAAAUAAUUCUUCGAAUGAUAGUACAAAUUCUUCUCAGCCUCAUGUUUCAUCGCCAAUCCGUCAAAUAAAACAUGCAGCUACUACAGGGUCUACCCCCCUGGGGAGAAGCUCUAGCCUUCGUACAGACUCAUCCGUAAACGAUCAUCGUAAUGCUUUAAACGAACAAAAUCUAAAUAAAACUCAAACCACUUCAACUUCGAAUAGUAUAAAGAAAGUUCUAAGUUCAGGCAGUAAUACUAAUCAAUCUAAACUAUCCCGUACCAAGAGUAACCAUUCAGCAACAAACGAGGGGUCUCAUAACAAUGCAUUAUCUAAAAUUAGCUCUAAUAAUUCGAAUAAUACCACAGUUUCGUCUCAAUCAAGAAACUCGAUGGCCCUAAGAUCUGCAUCCACUACAUCCACUGCCUGUAUAAAUCAAAAGAUAACGGGGAGAUUACAAUUGGGUGUGGUUACUUUAAAUAUAGCAGAUUAUGUUCGUGAUUCUGAACAACCUAUUACAAAUAGAUUUCUUUUGAAAAAUUCCAAAGUGAAUUCCAUUUUAAAUAUCACCAUCAAAAUGGAAUUAAAUAGAGGUUCAUAUGAAGAUUUUAAUAUCCCUACCUCCUUUACUUCGGGCCAAUUACCAGGUUCCUUCCAUGCAGGAAUUGGUGAUAUCUUGGAAGAAUCAUCAACUACUUUAGCCAAUUCUAAUGGAUUAACGUCACCAACUUCUUCAUUUGGUCAAACUCCCUUGGGUCCGUUUCAACAUCGUUCCACUUUAAUACAUGGUGUUAAUGGUACCAGUAUAACGUCCUCAAUAACAACAACUCCAAAUACCAUAUCUGCAUCGAUGAGUCCUGUUGUGGAUUCCUUGUAUCAAAAGACUUUCCAAUUACCAUGGGAUCCAAGACCAGGUGAAUAUACUCCAAGAGAAUGCGUAGAAGAUAUUUUGAGAGGUGGGAAUGGUUGGGCUAAGAAUGAAAAAGGUAUCAAUUUGAUUGAUUUGCAAGCAUUAAGCUUAAAGGAAGAAGAAGCUGAAUAUUAUGCAAGUGCACAUUAUUCAUGGAAUGUUUACCAUGAUCAUGAUCAUGAUAUAGCAACGAGUGGUAAACAUUUGCAUAAUAGACAUAAGAAUAUAGGCAAGAGUGAUAAUAGUCCAACUACUGUCACGGCUACUACUACUGCCACUACCGCUAAUUUGGUAAGAGCUAAUACCACUAUGAAUAAUAAUCCAAAUUAUAAUAAUAGUGAUAGUACAAAGAUGAAUAAAUAUUAUAAUAUGAAUAGAAGAGAAUUUAUUGAAAAGAAAAAUAAUUUAAAUGAAACGAUGUUAUCACGGAUGAGAUCUCCUGAAGAUCAAUUGUUUGGUGAUGAUUUGAGAGAUACCAAGAGUUGGUCAGUCACAAGAAUAGAAUCAUGA